AUGGACGCAGCGAGUCAGCUUGUCUGCUGCGGAAUCGAACCCUUCCGGCGGAAUUUUCCGGCUGGGACUCACUCGGCUUCGACGUUAAAGAAGAGAAUCGAUCACAAUUCGCUUCCGAGAGUUGUUAGGAUUCGGAGACGACACGGUGUCGUACGCGCCGUGGCUAUCGAGCCGAGACCAACAGAAACCAAGUCUUCUUCAAGUACAGUUAAAGUCAUCAAUGGGUCUCCCAAAUCACCGUCGUCGAAGCAGGUCAAUGGAGUUUCUACUAGAGUCGGAGACGUUUCGAAAGAGAUCAAACGAGUGAGAGCACAGAUGGAAGAAAAUGAGGAUUUGGCAAUACUUAUGAGGGGGCUCAGGGGUCAAAAUUUGAGAGAUGAGCUAUUUGCUGACAACAAUAUCAAGCUCCGCCUAGUUGAGGUUGAUGAAAGCAGUGAUUUUUUGCCUUUGGUGUAUGAUCCUGCUACCAUCUCUGCAUAUUGGGGAAAACGACCACGUGCUGUUGCAACCCGUAUUGUUCAGCUAUUGUCUGUUGCUGGAGGUUUUCUUUCACGUCUUGCUUGGGAUGUGAUAAACAAGAAGGUCAAACAGAAUGAAGUUGCUCGAGCAAUUGAGCUAAGGGAAAUUGUAACCUCUUUGGGUCCAGCAUAUAUAAAACUUGGGCAAGCAUUGAGCAUUCGGCCAGAUAUACUCUCACCUGUUGCAAUGAUUGAACUGCAAAAACUUUGUGACAAGGUUCCAUCAUUUCCUGAUGACGUUGCUAUGGCUCUUAUAGAGGAGGAGCUUGGUCAGCCAUGGCAAAACAAUUAUUCUGAUCUUUCUCCCUCUCCUAUUGCUGCUGGUAAUAUCAAUACCAAAGUGUCUUUGACUAUAAUUAAUGUCCUCUCUAGGUGCUGCUGUAGUAAUUUAUGUGAUUGA